UACCCGGACGUCAAUAAUCGUUGCACACUACACAGGCAUGGCGUCCUUCACUCAGAGGCACAAGUGACACAUUUAUCGUUCACGUCUUGGUAUCUUUUUUAUGAUUUUAAUUUUAUGUAGCUGUUGGAAUAGUCAACAAAAUGGCGACCAGGACCGUGUGUCAAAUUCUGCAGCGCCGCUUUGCAUCCGCUGCAGCGGCUGCGCGGCCGCCAGCUGCUGAGGUCCGCAGCCAGCGCAGUGCCCUCUUCUCCAGAGAGCAGGCGAGGCAGAGAUCUCUCUACCCCCGCAUUGAGAAGAUAGAGGUGUCCAUGCAGGGCCCGGGGCUGGACGGUACCCUGCUCAUCAUGAACAAAGGAAUGUCCACUCCACUGAGCUGUGCUAGACAUCUGACGGAGCAUCACGCGACCAACUCAGCUCUGGCUCUGGUGGACGGGGAGCCCUGGUCUCUCCACCAGCCCCUCACCCACUCCUGCUCACUCACCCUGCUCACAUUUAAAGACAGCGAUCCAACACUGGUCAACCAGGCCUACUGGCGUUCCUGUGCUGCCUUGCUCGGCCAGGUGCUGGAGACCGCGUUCAAAGACGACUUUACUGUGGAGCUGCUGAGCACACCAGAAGUGCCAGUCAUUUCAGGAGCUUUCUGCUGCGAUGUGGUGCUUGACCCUCAGCUGGAUUCAUGGAUUCCCUCUGAGGAGACGUUGCGGUCUCUGACCCGAGGGGCCCAGCAGCUGAUCCACCAGGACCUGGCCUGGGAGCCUCUGGAGGUGGCGCCCUCUGUGGCGCUGGAGGUCUUCUCACACAGCAGGUUCAAACAGGAGGAUGUGGAACAAAAGGCGGCGCAGAAUCCCAAAGGCAAAGUGAUGCUCCACAGAUGUGGUGACCAUGUGCUCUUGAGCGCGGGCCCCCUGGUGGCCAGGACAGGCCUGUGCUCCCAGUACGAGGUCACAGCCCUCCACAGCCUGGGAGAGGGACACUGGGGCCUCCACCGUCGAGCGCAGGGCCUCUCCCUUCCUCUGCAGCUGCAGGCUCACCACACAGUCUGGAGGAAACUGAGGCAGCGGGCAGAGAAACUGGUUGAGGUCCCGCGACCUGAAGAAGCGACUCCACCUGCUCCUCCUGUAUCAACUCCACCGUCCGACCAGCCAGUAACGACCUCUGCGUAACCUUCCACACACACAUACACACCUUCACAUGUAUCUGAUGUAAUAUUUGUUCAAUAAAUGUGUAAAAAUACGAGACAAA